AUCCUGGAUAACAUUUCAACUACUUACUCCCACUCUUCAGUCAUACAAACUCAAAAUCACAAUGGCCUUCUCAUCGUCCAUAUGGUCUUCUUCCAUCUUUGUUCCCAACCCAAACAGAACCACCAUUUCCACUCGAUUCUCUCACACACCCUCCAAACCCCCUCUCUCGCCGGCAUUCGCCAUUCCGCCGCUCUCCACGGCCACCGCCACGGACGUCUCGGGCGUCAUCGACGGGACGACGAUCGCGGUGGUCAGCGGGGGGUUCGUGGCGGCACUUGCGGCGGUGCUGUCGCUGACGGACCCCGAGCGGCGGCGGCAAAUGCAAGCGGAGGAGGUGGGCGGCGGCGACAAGGAGGUGGUGAGGGAGUACUUCAACAACUCCGGGUUCCAGCGCUGGAAGAAGAUCUAUGGAGACACCGACGAGGUGAACCGGGUUCAGCGCGACAUUAGGUUGGGUCACGCCAAGACCGUGGAGAACACGCUGAGCAUGUUGAAGGACGAAGGGUCCCUUCAGGGAAUUACGGUUUGCGACGCUGGGUGCGGUACGGGCUCGCUCUCUAUUCCUCUUGCUAAAGAGGGCGCUGUUGUGUUCGCCAGUGAUAUCUCCGCCGCUAUGGUUGCUGAAGCAGAGAAACAGGCAAAAGAACAGCUUGUAACCAGUGAAGAUGGUUCCGGGCCUGUGAUGCCAAAGUUUGUAGUGAAGGAUUUGGAGAGCUUAGAUGGCAAGUAUGACACGGUGGUCUGCCUUGAUGUUUUGAUUCAUUACCCCCAAAGUAAAGCUGAUGGGAUGAUUGCACACCUUGCAUCAUUGGCCAACAAGCGAUUGAUUCUGAGUUUUGCCCCAAAGACGUUUUAUUAUGAUCUGCUAAAGAGGGUUGGAGAGUUGUUCCCUGGUCCUUCAAAGGCAACAAGGGCAUAUCUUCACUCCGAGGCAGAUGUAGAGAGAGCAUUGCAAAAGGUUGGCUGGACCAUAAGGAAGAGAGGCUUAACCACUACUCAAUUUUACUUUGCUAGGCUUAUUGAGGCUGUUCCUAUGUAGUGGGGAUUGAAAGCGUAGAAUAUGCUGACGAAUUGAGGCUAUGUUUUCUUGGGGAAAUAGACUGAAGUGGUUCAUAAUAAAUUUGUGUGGAGCUAGUGAGUUGGCGGUCCAUUGGGUUGGUGGAAUGGAGGCAAGCUCCCUAUAAGUUGUUCAGACGUUACAACGCUUAUUACUCAAGCUGCAUCUAGAGUAGAAAGAAUAAACAUCAACCACAUGAAAACAAAUAAUAUGAAGAGUAGUAUUCCCCAAAAAAUGAGGUAAAAAGCUGAGAAGUACUAAUUUAAAAGAGGAAAAAAAUGAUGAUGAUGAAAUCUAGUGCCUAAUUAAGUUCUUUCAUUUGUCUUUUGAUGUGAAUUCAUUUAUAGCUUGUCAGCAAUUUUUGUAAGAGCAUCUGUGAGCUUGCCAAGGGCUGCAACUAUAAUAUCAGUUUGCUGCUUCUGCU